ACAGAGGCUGCUGUUGGAGAAGUUCUGAGACAGAGUAUGCGUGGAUAUCAGCUACAUCUCGAGAGUUUAUCAUUGUCCUUCACAAACUGAGAUACAUUACUUGAAGAGUUUGGCAAUGAUUGGGAUUUGUUUACUUAUUUUGCUGACAACAACAUUAGGUGGUACCUCAAAGGUACACAUUAUCUCUCAAAGUGGACUGCAUUACAUUCAAUAUGGGAAAGAAAUCAGUCUGAAUUGCUCUUUUUUAUCCCCUGAUGAAGCAACAACUACAUGGUUCAGACAUGCUCCAGGAGAAAAGCCCCUUCUCAUCGCCUCUGCUUACCAUUAUAUACCUGCUGUAUAUUAUAAUGGCUUUGACAAGACUGGCCGCUUUAAAGUGUUAAAAGAAAAAAAUAGUUUUAAUCUGAGGAUCUCAAAUGCAGAACCAUCUGAUUCAGCUACAUAUUACUGUUCUGUUGCAUAUUAUACAGAUAUUGCUUUAGCAGACUGGACAGUUUUAAUCCUCAAAGGUUCAUCUUCUAGUCUCUCUGCUGUUCUCCAGCCUCCUGUAUCAGAUCCUGUUGAACUGGGAGGAGAUACAACUUUGCAGUGUUCAAUACUCACAGAUGCGUCUGCAGGAGAACACAGUGUGUACUGGUUCAGACAUGGAUCAGGAGAAUCCCAUCCAGGAAUCAUUUACACUCAUGGAAACAGGAGUGAUGAGUGUAAGAAAAGCUCUGAGACUGAUUCUCCUACACAGAGCUGCGUCUACAAACUCCCCAAGAGAAACCUCAGCCUCUCUGAUGCUGGAACUUACUACUGUGCUGUGCUCAUGUGUGGAGAGAUCAUCUUUGGAGACGGAACUAAACUGGACUUUGUAGAGAACAACAUUUUGGUCCCAGUCAUUAUCGGUUCAGCAGCAUUAGUCAUCAUUACCGUGGCUGUGGUUUUGUUUCUGGGUAUAAAAUUACACAACAGACAACAUAAAGAAGUUGCCGACGGUCAGUCAGUCCAAGCAAAUCAGGUUGAAUGUGAUGAAGCUUUGAACUACGCAGCACUGAGUUUCACUAAUAAACCAUCGUCAUCCAGAGGAACUAGAAGACAGCAGAAGCUGAAAGACUCUGAAGUUUACUCUCAGAUCAAACAUCUGCAGUAAUGCUGAAUUUUCUAAGGUUAAGGGAAACAUCUACACUUUUAAUGAUGAUGUAUUAUCAGCUGAUGGAGGCCCAACAAAUAAAUAGUGCUUGUCUAGUUAAGUAGAACAUUACUACUGUAAAAUAAAUACUUGUAUAUAAUUAAUAAGGACUAUAAGCCAUUUUCUACAAACUGAGCGUACCUUUUUUAUGUGUGCAUGUAUGUAUGGAGGAGGUCAAAUGGCUGAUAAACCUUGAGACCCUGGACACACACA